AUGGCUGAGAAAAUAAUAAAAGAUUAUGAGCAAUUGUCAGAAAUAAGGAAAUAUUUGAUUAAAAAGGGACAAAGUAGGUAUAAAGGUUCUAUUGCGUUAAAUAAGUUGAACGAAGCCGAGAUAUAUUUAAAUAAUAGUAAAGAUAUAUUUUCUACAUUAAGUAAUAUAAAGGAUAAGUCGAAAAUAUCUUUAAUUACUGAAACAUAUGACAAAAUUUGUUCUUUAUUUGCAGAAAUAGCGAAAUUUUGUGUUACACCCAGCUUAGAGAUGAAAUCAGAAAAGAUGGAUUUUGAUUUGAAAACUGCUUGUAGCUUUAUACCUCUUUUAGAUGAUAGGGAAGAUACUACAAAACGAUUGAUUGAUGCUGUGGAAAUGUAUGCAGACAUGCUUAGUAGUGAAGGCCAGCAACUUUUAAUUAAAUUUGUCCUCAAGGAUGGACUUAAAAAUGAAAAGUUAAGUACGAUUAUAGCUGCUAGAAAUUACACAUCGCUAAAAGAAGCCAUUCAAGCGGCUAAGGAUGAAUCCACUCCAUCGUCAUCUACUCAGGCAGAGGUAAUGAAUAUUUCAUCUUUUCCUAGAGGUCGAGGUAGAUACAAUAAUCGUUCUUUUAGAUUCCAAACCAGAGGUCGAGGGUUCCAGACAAAUUACCACAAUUACAACAACAGAGGUACUAACUUCCAAAAUAAUAAUAACAAUUUUAAUAGAUAUCAAGGUAAUAGAUUCCAGUAUACGCCGCGAGGUAGAGGACAAAACAUGUUCUACAACAACAGAAAGAGAUACAACAACAAGAAAGGUAAUUUUAACAAUAGAAUAUUAGCGUUACAAAAUGAUAGGCCAGUACGAACUGCUGAUAACGUAGAACACCCAACUGAUGAGAGAGAGAGUAACCAGUUUUUUCGGACUUAA